AUGACCGGAGCAAAGCGUUUGAGAGAGUUGAUGAGCAAAGAAGAUCACAUCGUCGUCGCACCAGGUGUCUACGAUGGUCUAUCCGGUAGAAUCGCUCUCGCAGCCGGUGCAGAAGUUCUUUACAUGACAGGAGCAGGAACAAACAUGUCCCGCCUCGGCACCGCAGAUCUCGGCAUCGCAACACUAAACGACAUGCUCUCCAACGCCGCCACCAUAACCUCUCUCUCACCUUCCACCCCCGUAAUUUGCGAUGCAGACACUGGUUACGGCGGCCCCAUCAUGGUGGCACGCACAGUACGUCAAUACGCACUCGCCGGCGUCGCAGCCCUGCACAUCGAAGACCAAGUCCAAGAGAAGCGCUGCGGACAUUUGGUAGGCAAGCAAUGCGUGUCCAGAGAAGUGUAUUACGCACGCCUCAGAGCGGCAGUAAAGACAAGAGAUGAGAUGGGCAGUCAGAUGAUGAUUAUUGCGCGUACGGACGCAAGAGCCGAUAUGGGCUUUGAAGAGGCGGUGGAGAGAUUAAAGGGUGCGGUGGAGUGUGGUGUUGAUGCUCUGUUCCUUGAGGCUUUGCAGAGUAAGGAAGAGUGCGAGAAGGCCGUCAAGAUCUUUGCUCCUACGCCUGUGUUGCUGAAUAUGGUGCCUGGUGGUAAGACUCCUCAGAUGGGUGUCAAGCAGGCAAAGGAGAUUGGCUUCAAGCUCUAUAUCAACCCUACUUUGGGCUUGGAGGCUGUGGUCAGGCCACUCGAGAAGGCUUACAAGAUGCUGGUUGAGCAAGGCACUGAUGAGUGUGAGCCCAUUGGUCCCAAGGCACUGUUCGAGAUUUGUGGCUUGAAUGAGGCUAUGGCCUUUGACGAGAGUGUUGGUGGUGCCGCUUUUGGUUCAAAGUAG